AUGGCAUCUGAUCAACUGAGAGAGAGCUUGGAUAGGAUUGCUUCCCUAAUAGAUGAGGUAGGGCCAGAAAGUGAUCCGUAUAAGCCGAAAUAUGAGGCUGUGCGUUGGUUAGAAGCCCUUUUGGAGCAACUAGGAAUAAAUGAAAGUGAGUAUACACUCGACCUCCAAGCCGUGCUCUACGCUCUUCGAGGAAAAAUCGCCGCAGAGACAGAUGAGCCUACCGCUGCAAUAGACUUUCUAUUCACCGCUGUCGUCUAUUUUGUGGCUCGCUUCCAAAAUGCCGAUAUUAUUAAAUCCUUGAAUAUCCACUCGCUAUUCUCUGGGGCGCCGUCUUUCUUGUCGUUCCAGCCACCGGUAAAAACAGAGAAGCGAUUUACUCAAUUUUGGUCCUUCUUUGCGGACAGUUAUAACGACUACUUGAAGCUAGCUAACGUCCUACACCCCGAAACACAUCAAGCAGCAUGUACUCAUGAAAAGCUAAUGGCCAAUCUUAAGGACACAGACGAAUCCUCCCAUCCGGAGCUAGACCCUACUGACCCAUCAGCUGCAUACGCGACUACUUUAGUGGAUGGCCUGGGUAGCAUGGAUCUUGAUGCACUUACGCAGAACACAACGGAGCCUGAUGCUGCCUUUAUUACAGAGGUAACAAGUGCAGUAGAGGAAAGCGACGACGUUAAGCAUGCAAAGCCUCCCAAAUUUGGAAUGGAGGAAACACUUCUUAAGCUGUCCUGCGUCGGGGAUUGCGCUGGUGCUCCUGCCAUGACAACCACGAUACAGAUUCAGCUUCUGCCAUUCUACGUCCUAGCAUUGAAUUACUUAGGCGUAAUAUGGGCUAACAGAGAGAAUCGCAAGCUGGCACUCAAUAUACUAAAGAGUGCAGAGUCAGCUAUGUGCCUCUUUGAUUACGAUGAUCCAUUUCUGAUUACAGAACCUUUGAACGAUGGCGACGGGAAGGAGCUGCAUACCCACAUGCUGUACCUUCCAAACAGUGCUCAUCCUUUCUUUCAACGGAGCUGUUCCGACAAGCUCUCCUUCAUCCUUCCUGUCUGCAGCAGUAAGAUGAUUUCUAGUUUGAAUACCUAUACAAUAUACUUUUUAGCACAGGUUUACGGAGAGGAUAGCCCGUGCCAAUCUGCUGAGUAUUGUGGUAUGACCAUCUCGAGACAGUAUAAGCAGCGAGCUCUCAAUCCAGACUUCGACCCGCAAGAUUUCAUAAUAAACUGUCUCACAUUGCAGAAAUACUAUACGACAAAUAACAUUUUCAGGCCCAGUUUUACAUUGAUUGAUGUUGCAGAGGAAGUCCUCUUUGAAUACGGGCCAAAGGAGAGAGCACAGUAUGUAAAGGAUUUACCCGCAAAUGAAAAUAUGCCAGAAGAUGAUGUAGCAUACUUGCAGUUUAGAGCUAGGCAAAAGGUGGAGUCUGUAGCCGUGAUUCGGAGCAUCCUUAGCCUUGACACGGCUCGAGAAGUGCUAGCCCAAAUCCGCACGGAACGUGCUCGCCUUUAUUCUCAGAUAUUAUCUAAUAGCUACCAACGCCGAGAACUGCUCUUGGAGGCUCGUAGAGAGCAAAUGAAAAUUCAGUACACAUCAUCAGAAGAUCUGAGCAACGAUGAUAAGGAGCUAGCACAUAAGCAAAUCAAGGCCGUUUGCCAGAUAUCGCAGGAUGAGUGUGUCUCCUCUGUCAGGGAACUCUAUGAUUUGCUGCUCGCACCUGACCUGGAGGCAACUCUGGAAGCAGCAGCAAAACGACAGCUUCGCAAGCUGGGACUGCAAACCAAAGGAGACGUUGAUCCUGAGAGUGAAACUGAUGAGAAGAGUGGCGAGAAGGUCACAACACCAAAGCUUCAGAAUCUUUUCCUUGCAGAGCCGCUUGUACGAACAUUGUUCUAUGACUCAUACCGACAGUUCAUAGCUGCAUCACGAUACUUCAUUCUUGAUGGAUUUGUGACCGAUCACUGCCAAAUUCUUUUAGAUAUCUCAACUUUACAUCAGAUUUAUGCCUACUAUGAAGAGGCACGACUUGAUUUUUUGACUAACAGCGCUACCUCAGAAGAGGCAGAGAAGGUCAGCUAUACUCCUCUAAUUAAGCUACAUACCAGACGCUGUACAACCCUUGAAAAGGUCAUCCCUGAACUUUCCUUAGACCACUACAGCAAGCUUAUUGCUUCUUUGCAGGUGGAGGUGGCAGAAGCCAGGACUGCGAUCUAUCACAUUGUGAGCAGAGAUAUCGCAUGUAACCCGUACCUCAAGAGGCUUACUGAAGACAUGGAGUACGCUGCGCAAUUACAACUUAAGCAGAUAGAUCCUCUGCCAGAUAAAGAUUCUGUCCUCAUUAGUACAGUCGCUGCGCAUUGCAGUCGAGCAAUUGAGGCAUGGAGGGCUGUCUGCAAAACGUAUGAGGCGGACUCUCGUGCACGACUACUUCAAGAAUACCACUUCAAGCGAAAGGAGUUUUCCAAAGAUGAGAUUAUGAAAUUUUUGACAUUCGAUGAUCGCGAUUCAAUGCAGACAUGCAUUUUUGAAACAGCUAAACUUCUUUCCCAGCUUCCGACCUGUGAUCCUGUUAUAAAGCAUGGCCUUCUCGCCGACUCUCUUCGUUGCUUCGAACAGGUUCAGAAGCUCUGGUUGGAUAACGAAAAUCUUCAUAAAAAAGAAACUUCGUUGAAGCUCAUUGGCACAACGAUUGAUCUACUUCGUGAGAAAAUAGGGCGUGUAGCGAAUGUUAUCGCUGAUUACCACCUGGGAUCAUCUGAUGCAAAGGGUCAGUCUUAG